CCUUCUGUAGGAACUCAGUGGACGGGCAGUGGUACAGUUAUGAUGACAGCAGUGCUGAGCCGGUGCCAGAGGCGGAGGUGUGCACACGUGGAGCCUACAUCCUCUUCUAUCAGAGAAGAAACACCAUACCUCCUUGGUCUGCCAGCUCCUCAGUCACCGGUUCCACCAGCUCAUCCGCGUCUGACCACUGGCUGGUCAGACUGGCAGGGGACAGUAAGAGGGGCAGCGUGGUGUCAGGAGGACCCAUCCCUGGACCUCCAGGGCCCACACAGGCCCCUGAGUCUCCUGAACUGCCGGUGUUUAGAGAGGAACCCCCCAAAGCAGUAGAAACAAAUGGGUUCGAAGCCAAACCGUUUGUCCGUGGGAGCCAAGGCAGGAGCGUGAGCAUGAGAUCACCAACGAAGCCGAAGGAGCCUCUGAGCAAAGUUCUGCCACUGCGGUGGUCUUUUGGUUCCAAGGACCGCAUCAGACACCCGGCCCAGACCCAGCCUGGAGAGCUGGUGGAGUACCUGGAGUCCGGGCGCCGCCCACGAUGUACCAAAGACCCGAUCAUAACGCUGGUGGCCACGCCGCCACAGAGGAGCGCCCAGGGAAGAGCCUUUGAAGUAGGACAGGACUGCAGCUCACCGAGCGGCAGCAGUCUUAGUUAUACAGACAGACCCAGCUCCGACACUUGUUACUCCCCCAAAAUACCAGAGGGACAGAGCAGAGUCUGUCUGGAGAGGAGCAUGAGCCAGGGAGUCUGUAACAGCAGCAGCGUCAAAGUCAGAGAUGAUGGUUCUCUGAGGCAGAGGUCAUCUAAGAGACUGAGGCAGGACCACGGCAGGACCAUGGACCUCCAGAUGCAGCUUCAGAGACAGGCUAUUCUAGGGGAUCACAUCAGCCACAGUGCACCUCCGAGCAGAGACUCCACACUGAGAAGGACCAAGGUCCAGACAGGGCCAACCUCCAGGGCACAGAAAGUCUUUUUACAGAUGGCCAUUCAGCCUGAGGACAGGAAGGGACAGAGAGGUCAGGAGGGUCGCAGCCACGACAGCCUCUUGUCUUUUUUCAAACCUGGUUUCAUGAAGAAAGACAUUCCUGGGUCACCAAUCAAGGGACAAGACCGGCGUCUGAACGGCCACGGACAGCUGGGAAAGCUAGCAAACUGUAAUUUAGCCAAACUGUCCCUCUCUAACGGAACGCUGACCACGGCAGCACCAGACGAGAGGAAGGCCAACGUCAUCCCGAGUUGUGACGCCCAUAACUGCAAAGUCCAGCUGCUCAACGGAAAGGCUGGGAUUCAUGACCCUGUAGACAUUAAACGUGCUCACAGCUCCAGUAACAUCCAGACGAGGCUUGAUUUGACAUUUCGCAGGUGUGCCUCGCUGCAGAGGAACGGCGAAAUAAUGGCUCCUCCAGCCCAUCGCAUCCUGCUGUCUGACAAGCCCAGCUACGCCACCCUGCAGCGGACACGCUACAGUACCACCUCCCUGGGUAAGAGUCCUGUCUCUAAGCUGUGUUACUCAGCUACAGACUGAUUGGCACAAAUAGGAACAAGUCACAGCACUGGGUUAAAGUUUCUCUUCUGGUGUCAACAGUGGAGUGCAUCAGCUUUGUGUUAAACUCUGGUAAAUAUAAUCAUGCUAUAACAACGAUGUAAACAGGAUUUGAUUGGGAAGCUUCCCUGCUGCUGCAAUAAGUAAAGCAAUAAACGACAGAGUGGCAUGAGUUCAGCCUCUCAGAAUAAGUGGAAGGUUUUAAAUUACGGUACACGCAGCUUCAGUUUUCAAUUUAAGGCAAAUCUGUUUAAUAGAGUACGGCCCAGAUCACACAGAAAGUGUUUUGCAGGAUGUUAAACACGAGGCGCACCACACAGUUUUUUUCUUAUAU